AUAAGAUGUCAUUGAAAUUGUAUAUCGAUUGGUUGUCUCAACCUUCAAGAUUUGUUGCCAUCGUGUUAAAUAUACUCAAGGUUCCUCACGAGAUAGUUGAGAUCAGAAUUGCUGAAGGCAAAUAACGCACUCCAGAAUAUGCUAAAAUAAAUCCAUAUAGAAAGGGUACAUUAUCAUUUUAAUGAAUUUUUCUUAGUUCCUGCUAUCGUUGAUAAAGAUGGAUUUCAACUUGCUGAGAGUCAUGCCAUCGUCAAAUAUAUUAUCAAAUCAAGAAAUAUUAAGACUCCUUUGUAUCCUGAUGAUCCUCAACAAUCAGCUAAGAUUGAUGAAUACUUGGAUUAUCAUCACACAGGAACAAGGAAAUUAUCAUAAUACUUUUUCAAUUUGAUGGUGGCUCCAAAAUUAGGAAUAGAAACAACUGUUAAUUUAGAGUAGGCUAAAAAGGAAGCCAUUUUUGCUUUGAAACUCUUAGAUACAAGUAGAAAGUCUUAUGUUUAAUAUAGAAUUUUAAACUCAAGAUUACAUCUGUGGUAAAGAAAUCACACUUGCCGACUUAAGUGCUUAUUGUGAAAUCAUGUAAUUGCACAUGGUGAAUUGGGAUUUUUCCAAAUAUCCUAACAUUUUGAAUUGGAUGUCAAGGGUCACACAGAUUAAGGAAGUGAACUCUGGGCAUGAAGUCUUAUUAAAAAUAGUCUAGAAAAUAAGAAGCAAACCUAAGUUAUGAUAUUUUUAUUAUUCAUAU